AUGGUGAGAGCUACCAGGAGCUCGGUAGCAAAGGCACAACCUGCGCCGCCAGCAACUGUCAAGGAAGAGCCGGUUCAAUUGUCAAGUCCUCCCUCAACGCCCGUCCCUCGCAAUGCGCGAAAGAGGAAGGCAGCCAAGCAAGAUGAUAACCGUGAUGCCGAAGCUCCGGAAAAGGCGUCUGCUACGCCCAAGAGCACCAAGAGGGCCAAGAAGGGUGCUGUGAAGCGGGAAGACAUCAACGACUUGCCUCACGGGCUAGGUGCUAUCCCUACUAUUCCAGAUGCUCCAUCCAAGGCAGCAUCAACAGAAGAUGUUCCGCCGGCGAAGAAACGCGCAACGCCCAGGAAGAGCGCCAAAGUCAAGAAAGAGGACGUUGAUGACCUUGUCGCAAAAGCCACCACCACCACAGAUGCCUCACCCAAGAAGAAGGCCAAAGCCAAGAACAACGACUACGGUCUCACUCCUGGCAAAACGCCGUAUCCAAACUACCCGCGUCCCACCGCAGAAGAAUGCCAAGAAGUGACACGCCUUCUUGAAAAGGUCCAUGGCAAGGUCGAGGCUCCCAAGGUCAUUCCCAUGCCAUCUCUCGAGGUGUCUGGGUGCGGUGAAGUCCCAUCUGUUCUGGACGCACUGAUCCGCACGCGCUUGUCAGCAGCAACCUCCGGCACCAACUCCUCCCGCGCCUUUGCCGGCCUUGUCGCGCGCUUCGGCGUGCUGAAGUCAGGCAUUGGCAAAGGCAGCGUAGACUGGAACGCCGUACGUCUCGCCGACACCAAGGACGUCUUCGAAGCGAUCAAGUCCGGCGGCCUUGCCGACGUCAAGAGCAAGGACAUCAAGAAGAUUCUGCAAAUGAGCCGCAGCCGGGCGAAGAAAACGAAUCCCAAAGAAGAGCAGCAACAAGAAAAGGAAAAAGCAGACAAUGACGUCGUCACUCUCGACCCACCUACACCUCCUCUCCACCGAAGGACGCCUUCUCUCACCUUACCCGCUACCCGGGCAUCGGCCCCAAAACCGCCUCCUGCGUGCUCCUCUUCUGUCUCCAGCGCCCCUACCUUCGCUGUCGACACCCACGUCUUCCGCCUGUGCAAAUGGCUCGGCUGGGUGCCAUCGCCCGGCGAUCCAGCCGGUCUGCCACCUAACGCCAAACCCGGUGCCGUCUUCCCCGGAGCCAAUCGCAACUCGACUUAUGCGCAUUGCGAAGUUCGCGUGCCCGACGAUCUCAAGUACCCGCUGCACCAGCUGCUGAUUCGCCAUGGAAAGAGCUGUCCGCGCUGCAGAGCGAUUACGAGUGAGGGCAGUGCGGGCUGGGACGAGGGUUGUCCGAUUGAGCAUCUUGUUAAGAGGAGUGGGGGGAGGAAGGGGGAUGGGGAGGGAACUCCUGUUAAGGCCAAGGCCAAGUCGAAUGGAAAUGGUAAGGGAAAGAAGAAGGCGGUGGUUAGUGACGACGAGAGUGAGGCGGCGAUGAGUGCAACGGAGGAGAGCAGCGAGUUGAGUGAUUUGGGCAGUGAUGAUGAAGUUGGUGCAGAGAGCGACGUCGACGACGAGGAUUAG